AUGCUUGUCCCAAACACAUUUCACACACGAGUUCAAAAAGUCGCUAAUACAUUCCAUACACAAGCCAAUAACUCUUUUUUGACUUCUAAUAGUAGCUGUAAGGGAAUUACUGAAUCUGCUCCUCCAUCUCCACCAGGUCCAACGUCACCCUCACCGUCAAAUACCAUAGACUUUUCUUCAAAAGCUGCUAACCUUGAAUACGAAUCUAUCGCUAAUUUUUUUGGUGAUGACUUUUCUGCGACACUCGAUCAUUUAAAUAACACUAAUGUUUUAAAAAUUUCUUUAGAUACACCAUCAAGCUGUUCAUCAGAAGCUUCUCCUUCAGAUAUUAUUUCUAAUAGCCAAGCUGCUAACAGCACAUCUCGAAUAUCGCAAUUUCACAAACUAUACAGUACUCCAGAAGAUGUCUAUACUAAUGUUUCUGCCCCCUUUCCAUAUACACAAGGAUAUCAUUCUCUUAUUGCCUAUCUUCGUCAACGGUUUAAUUCUGACAGACUAUUAAUAUUGGCUAAGUCGAUGGCUGAAUACCGACCUUCCUUUAUUGCUGCUACAAAAACAUUACAAGAAGAUGACUUAAUAUUUAUGGAAAAAUCUUUUCAACGAACCCUUUUAGAGUUCAACAAGUAUAUAUUAAGCUCUGGAACGCCCACAAUUAUUUGUCGUAGAACUGGCCAGAUUGCUGCUGUAGGAAGCGAAUUUUGCCUGUUAACGGAAUGGUCGUAUGAGGAUCUAGUUUCACCUAAUGGUGAUACUAAAUUUAUAAUUGAACUGAUGGAUGAUGACUCUGUGAUGAAGUAUUUUGAAGUCUUCACUAAGCUCGCAUUUGGAGAUUCUCGAGGUGUCAUAAUGACUGAUUGUACACUUUUAAACCCAUCUGGUAAAAAAAUCAAAACAGCUUGCACUUGGACGGUAAAAAGAGACGUUUUUGACAUUCCAAUGAUGAUAGUAACUAAUUUUCUUCCAAUAUUAGAUUAA